AACAAGUAUAAUAUAUGUCGUAUUGAAGAGUUUGAGCGAGUCAUUCCGGUUUUACACCGUCAUUAUAACAACUGUUCUUUGGAUUUAUACUAUAUACAAAAUGGGAACGGUAAAAUCAGGCUGGCUUGAAAAAUUAAGUGGAUUUUUUAAAAAUAGUUGGAAGAAGAGAUACUUUGUACUGUACCAAAGUGGAGACUUUUGCUAUUACCAAGACCCUCACGACAAAGAAGUCGAUGGCAAGAUUAAUAUGAAGACCGAAUGUCGUAAAAUUAAUGUCGGAUACCAAGUUGGUGAUGGAGUCAAAGCACCUAAAGACAUAGAUGCUUUAUUUAGCGUUGUAGCGACAGAACGAACGUUCUUUUUAGUAGCUGAGUCGGCAACUGAAGCAAGGGAAUGGGUCGCAGCUUUGGAACAAGCACGUACCCCAAUAUCUUAUGGAGGACCCCAUCCUACAACUGGUGGAUAUCCGCAGCAAGCACCUCCAUAUGGACAACCUCCAGUUGGGCCACCACCAAUGUACACAGCUCAGGCACCACCUGGACCUUACCCCAUGCCCAACCCUACUGGAGCCUACCCUCCACCAGGACAAGCAUAUCCACCACAACCACCAUAUCAACAACCACCACGCCAACCAUACCCACAACAGCCUGGUCCAUACCCACAACAAGGUUACCCACCACAACCAUACCCACAACCGCCACCUGGGGCCUAUGGUGCUCCUCCACCUGGAGCCUACCCCCAACCGGCCUAUCGACCACCAGCACCACAGUAUACCCAAAAUCCACCGCCAACCCAAACUGUGUAUGUGCAGAAUCCCCAAGGACAUAAGAAAAGUAGUUCCAAUAAGAUGUUAAUGGGUGCAGGGGCAGGGGCACUGGGCGGGGCAGCUAUGGGGUACAUGCUUGGAAGAGCUWCAGGAGGUUUUGGUCACCAUGGAUAUGGAGGCUGGGACUCAGAUCAUUCAUGGUCAUCAGGGAGUUUUGACUGUGAUUUUGACUAAAACUUUAAGAUAAUUUAAGCUAAUCAUGACGUGGAUAUAGUGCCAGCGGUAAUAAUGGCAAAAAAAAAUCCUGGCAACUAAUUAAGACUUUUGAAUAAUAAAGGUCAUUUAGUACCCAAGCUUCCAUUGUCAACUACCUUAAAAACGGUUAAGAGUCACAAUUUGAUGAAUGUACUGGAAAUUAAUUGAAUUGAAUGGUAAUUCAAUAAUGGUAGUUCAAUAAUCAUAAUUAUUAUUUGCAUAAUGUUAUUACGUUAGAAAACAAACAAUAAAAGUGUGCAAC